AUGGACAGCGGCGCGCUGCCCCGGCCCGUGUCCCCCGCUGCCCCCGCGCCUGGUGUCUCGGGCGGCUGCGCCGUUCAGCGGCGACCGGCGUCCCCAGAGCUGUUGCGCUGUAGCCGGCGGCGGCGGCCGUGCGCAGAGGAGACCGGGAGUGGUGCCGCGGCGGUGGCACGGCGCAACGAGCGCGAGCGCAACCGCGUGAAGUUGGUGAACUUGGGGUUCCAGGCGCUGCGGCAGCACGUGCCGCACGGCGGCGCCAGCAAGAAGCUGAGCAAGGUGGAGACGCUGCGCUCGGCGGUGGAGUACAUCGGCGCGCUGCAGCGCCUGCUGGCCGAGCACGAUACGGUGCGCGCCGCGCUGGCUGGGGGUCUGCUGGCGCCUGCCGCGCGCCCCCCCGCGCCCCGCGGGCCGCCCGGGACUCCCGCGGACGCCGCCUCGCUCUCCUGCGCCUCUUCGUCCCCGGGCCACGGGGGCAGCUCGGAGCCCGGCUCCCCGCGCUCCGCCUACUCGUCCGACGACAGCGGCUGCGAGGGCACGCUGAGCCCCGCGGAGCGCGAGCUGCUCGACUUCUCCAGCUGGUUAGGAGGCUACUGA